AUGAUACGUGGACACUUCUACGUGGAAUGCAUUGAGACCAAGUCGGGAAAGUUCUUGGGUUAUAUGGUCACCAACAGAGGCAUAAAGGUUAAUCCAGAGAAGGUGCAAGUUGUUUUUGAAAUGGGACCACCAAAAAGCAUGAAAGAGGUCUUGCGUAUAGACCUGAAGGGUCAGAUUGAAGGCAAAUUGAAGGUUGGAGACAACUCGAUUACGAACAAGCUGAUGUACCUCAAAAAGAUCAACAUACCUAGCCAGAGAGAACCUACACGGAAAGAGACUUGUGAAGAAAACAUGUGUGUGCGAACACAAUCUUCCACAAGCACAGAGUUCUUGGGCAACAAGAACAUAGAAUUCUUGGGUAACAAGAUAACCACCCUAUGUAAGGAAGUGAUAUACGAGUAA